GGUUAUUAUGGAUGAGAACUUAUUCAAUAACAAGCUCCCUGUCGCUAUAGUUAUGAACUCCACCAAGAGAAGUUAAAACCACCACCAAAAAAGUUCGCUAUAGUUCUGUGGUUAAGUCUUCACCCUUGCAAGAUGAGUGUGCUGCAUUUCUUGUUUGGGAUCUUUGGGAAUGCGACUGCUCUUUUCCUCUUCUUGUCUCCCAUUGUCACAUUCCGGAGGAUUAUAAAAAAGAAAUUAAUAGAGGAUUUUUCGGGGGUACCGUACAACAUGACCCUGCUCAAUUGCCUCCUCUCCGCUUGGUAUGGGCUGCCGUUCGUGUCACCCAACAACAUCUUGGUGUCGACGAUCAACGGCGCGGGGGCGGUGAUCGAGGCGGUGUAUGUGGUGGUCUUCAUCAUCUACGCGCCCCAGAAGGUGAGAUCCAAGAUGCUGGGCCUCUUCGCCCUCGUGGUCGCUGUUUUCGCCGCAGUCGCCCUCGUCUCCCUCCUCAUCCUCCAUGGCCAGACCCGCAGACUCUUCUGCGGCUUUGCCGCCGCCAUUUUCUCCUUCUGCAUGUAUGCCUCGCCGCUCUCCGUCAUGAGGUUGGUGAUCCGAACCAAAAGCGUGGAGUUCAUGCCUUUUUUCCUAUCAUUGUUUGUGUUCUUAUGUGGAACAUCUUGGUUCAUCUUCGGACUACUUGGUCAUGAUCUUUUUCUUGUGGUGCCUAACGGGUGUGGGAGCGCCCUCGGAGCAAUGCAGCUCAUCUUGUACGCCAUCUACAGGAACCACAAGGGAGCAGCCACCGGCGAGGAAGACUCGGUGGAAAUGAGCAAAGCCAAGACCCAGAUGAACGGCACCGAGAAGACGGAGAAGAAGGCGCCCCAGAACUCGGUGGCCAACCAGGUGUAAGCGACGACGCAGGCGGGUGGCCGAAGGCUUUCUGCCUCUUGCUAGUCGCGGUGGCAAACUGUAUGAAACUCUAUGUGGCUGCGGUUAUGUACCCUUAACUUCUCGCACCAAGGGAUGCAUCGAUUGAAUUAAUGGCUAAAGUUCAAUUUCUUGUUCUCAUA